AUGAAAGUUCUCUGCCUUCAUGGCCGAGGCACUAGCGGGGCCAUCUUCAAAUCGCAAACAUGUCAGCCCCUAAUUCGUGCUUACCUUCACACAAAGACACAAAAGACAGGCCAGCUGACUUUCAGGUCUCAAAAAAACAAAGCCUCGAUCCGCGCCAGACUAACAGAUCUGAACCUCGACUUCGACUUCCUCGACGGCCAGUACCCCUGCGCCCCCGCCCCGGGAAUCGACCUCUUCUACCCACCGCCAUACUACUCUUACGUCCAAGACACACCACCGUCCAACGGUACCACACCAGCAAACAGCUACACGAUCGAGGCUAUACACGACACACAUGCCUGGCUCUCCUCCAUCCUCGCCGAGCGCGGGCCCUACGAUCUCGUUCUGACUUUCAGCCAGGGCGCCGCGCUAGCAGCAAGCAUGCUCCUCCUGCACGAGGUCAACCAAUCGCAACUCACUGCCCUCGACAGAGUAUCUUCCAACGGUUCCAGCGACAGCGAUAACCUUGAAGCCAUGGCCGCAACACCCCCUUUCAAAUCGGCAAUUUUCAUCUGCGGCGGCGCUCCAAUCCCCAUCCUGGAGUACAUUGGCUUCCACAUCCCGUACGCCACUAAAGCGCGCGACCAGGCUUCGCGCGCCGCACUAGCUUCAAUGGCCGACUCUACCUCGAUCCUGGCCUUGGGUUCAGCCCGCUGGACAGGCCUCGCUCAUUCCUCUCCAGGUCCACUAUCUCCUUUUGACACGCAACGCCUCCCAUCAGGCUUCACAUAUAACAAGGAAGAAGAGAUCCGGCGCGAGAUGCGCGGCCCCGUGCAGAUUGGGAUUCCAACAGUGCACAUUUACGGCGAGCGCGAUCCACGAUAUGUGGCGGGGAUUCAGCUUUCAGAGGUUUGCGUCAAGUCAAGGCGCAAGGUGUAUAACCAUGGUGGUGGUCAUGAGAUUCCGAGGUUUGAGGCUGUUAGUGGGGCGAUUGCGGACUUGGUGAGGUGGGCUGUUAGGGCUGCGCAGGCGCAGGAUGAGUGA